AUGUCGAAGCCCUCUACGAAUGAAGCAUCGGUACCAAAAGGAAGUGCUGGAUCACAUGCCGAAAGUACAACAUUACCCGAAGGUAAAAAGUUGAUAUGUGGUGGAGUUGGUGAAUCAAAGCCCAUCGAAAACGAUGACCAACAAAUCUAUGAUCAAUAUAAAACUCAUAUUGAGAAAAAAGUUCGCCACACAUUUACUUUACCAGAUAGUUUUAAAUUACCAGCUAAGCCCACAUCAGUUGCAAAACAAAUUGUCUCUGGUACAAAUUAUUUCUUCAAGGUUCAAGUUCCAGACAAUAAAUUUGCUACCGUUCGUGUUUAUCAUUGUCCAUGGGGACAACAUGGAACUGAAGAUUGUGUAGCUGUUCAUGAGAAACUAUCUGCUGAUUCUAAUGAAGCUGUUUCACAUUUUUAA